GGGGUGACGACACGCGCAGAUUAAACAGACGCAGCUCGAGGCCAUGCCCAUUUCUACGGAUUCCCGCCACGUGUAGACGUGGACGAGGCUCCAGAGGAGUCGUUUCGUGUCGGUGUGGACGAGGCUCGGUUUCCUGUUGGAAAAACUAUGAAGACACAGUGACGACAAGGCCAGCGUUUAACCCAAGUUUCACCAGAACCUCCUACGUCAGGAUGAAGGAAGGAACAGACGCUCCUCAGGAUCGGGGCUGCUUGGUGGGAAUCAGUUUCUUCAUUUUGGGCCUGGGAACACUGUUACCAUGGAACUUCUUCAUGACUGCUUCAUUGUAUUUCCAAGGUCGUCUAAACACAACAGAAUGGAGCAACGGCACAGCGGUGAUCCAGAAAGAUUACUACUUCAACAACUGGAUGACCCUGCUGUCCCAGCUGCCCCUGCUGCUGUUCACCCUGCUCAACUCCGUCCUCUAUCACAGGAUAUCGGAGGCGAUGCGUAUCGCAGGCAGCCUCGUUUUUAUCCUGCUGCUCUUCAUCCUCACAGCAGUGCUGGUCAAAGUGCCCAUGGAGGCAGAACGCUUCUUCUCAGUAACCAUGGCUACCAUCUGGUUCAUCAACUCGUUCGGUGCCGUGCUGCAGGGCAGUCUGUUCGGCCUGGUUGGUCUGCUGCCUCAGAAGUACAGCACCGUCUUCAUGAGCGGACAGGGCCUUGCCGGGACCUUCGCCGCCAUCGCCAUGCUGCUAGCCAUAGCCAGUGAUGCAGACUCUGAGUCAGCAGCGUUGGGUUACUUCUUUACACCAUGCCUGGGAACAGUGGUCACACUCUUAAGCUACCUGCUUCUACCUCGACUGGAGUUUGCCCAGUAUUAUCUGAAGAAAAGCAGCAAGUAUGAGGCAGGCGCCACAGACGAGUUACUGAAAGAGAGCAGCACAGUGGAGAACAAGAAGCUGAACGGCCAUGCUAAUGGCUCAGUGAGCAGCAGCGAACAAGCCGAGACAAAGGUGGACCCCAGCCCGGAGGACAAUAAGCAGGCCUUCCUGUCACUGGAGCAGGUGGAGAAGUCACAGGCCAAAGCCUCCGUCAUAGAGGUGUUCAAAAAGAUCUGGGUGAUGGCGUUCUGUGUGACGUUUGUGUUCACAGUCACUCUGUCUGUCUUUCCUGCUGUCACCGCAGAUGUCAGAACAUCAUUCCCAGGAAAAUGGGACCGCUUCUUUCUGUCAGUGUGCUGCUUCUUAAUGUUCAACGUCAAUGACUGGCUCGGCCGCACCAUCACCACCGUCAUACGCUGGCCUCGCAAAGAGUCUCCUCUGUUCCCGGCGCUGGUCGUCUCCAGGGUGGUGUUCAUCCCUCUGCUGAUGCUCUGCAACGUCCAGACUCGCUCCUUCCUUCCCGUCUACUUCCCCCAUGACGCUGCUUUCGCUGUCAUCAUGGCUCUCUUCUCCCUGUCCAGUGGCUACUUCGUCUGCCUCUCCAUGUCCUACGCACCACAGUUAGUGGAGCUGAAGGACGCAGAGACUGCCGGAGCCCUGAUGACCUUCUUUCUGGCCCUGGGUCUGUCUUUAGGAGCGGGCUUGUCCUUCCCGCUGAGAGCGCUGGUGUAAACACACACAGGAGAAAAUUAGAUUAAUGACCUUUACUUUUUUUUCAUCCGAGGACCCCGAGUGACACUUUAAAAAGACAACACACACACGCACUCAGUUCAUGAAGUGGUUUUGGUCAUAAAUGGCAAAAUUCCCUUCAGAUGUAGGAAUAAGGGAAAUGUUGCAUAGUCUUUGUUCGUUUCCCAUAGGAUUGUUUUGAUUGUGUUACUGCGUUAUUUGGUUUACAGUUUGUGUGUUUAGAUUGACUUUUUGAUUGGUUUAGGGCAUUUAACACUGCUGAUGUGUAGAAAAGGGAAUCCUUAGAGAUGCAGGUUUAAAUGAAUUUCAAUUUGAUGCAAUCAAGAGGAUUUAUGUAUCGUCUGUGUUCUUGCUGCCACAGUUGAUCUGUGUUUACACUCGUUUGUUUGGCUUUUGAUAAGAGAUAGCUUCUUGUAAUUUGACUGAUGGCUUGAAUAAUUACAGCAGGUCUAUCUACCUUGUGUUUAAAACAUUAGAUAUUUUUGAUGAUGGCAACUUUCUAGGAUUAUUUUGUUUUGUUUUAUAAUGAACUAGCACGAUGCCGCAGAUGUAGAACAAACUGUUUGUUUAAAUGUCAUGUAAUUUACCAAUGGAAGGUUAAUGAGCUGCCGCAUGGACUUGGAUGGAUACGUGAAUUAUCCAAAGGGAGAAUCCAUCCAGGCUCAUGGGGCCCUGUGGCAGUGGCAAUGCCAGUUUUUCUUCUCCUCGACAAACCUGUCCCUCUCCAGCAUUUAGGUCACUGCUGCCAUCUACUGGUCAGAAUUCCCUUUUUCUUUUUGAUUUGAAUCUAAAAACCGCUGAAUAAAACUUGAGAGACUGAUGUGCUCUGACAUCACAGGUUAUGACUGACUGACAGGAAGCGGCAGCGGUUAGUUGUAUUUCCAGGUUGCAGGUGAACAGGUUGUGUGAGCGGAGCAACAUUCUUCUGCUGACGGAGUAAAACAUGUCGCGGCUCCAACAUGUAGUUUUAGUUUAAAGUGAGAUUUUAAAACGGAUGCUCGUCCUGAGGACAAUCAGGCAUCUAAACCUUUCUCAUUUAACGUACCAGUGUAGUGAUGAUUUUUGUUAUUAGUAAGAACACAAACAAUGAUAUAAUUUGGGAAUAUUAGUCAUUGUAGAAAAUGAGAAACAAACAUAGAAUUUUGUAUGGAUAUUUAUAUUGGCCACAUAACAAAUAGUGUGUUUUUUAUGUUGCUACCAAUGUGCUCUUCUCCAGUCACAAAUCUCAGUUUUUCUAUUUUUUAUUUGUAGUGCACAGACAUAUUCAUGUAUUGAAUUUAACUUACGGUACUUUGCAGGUUUUGUAUCACAAUGUGUAUGGAUUGAAAAGUGUUUAAUAAGCCUUUAUUUUUAUUAUUAUUAUUAUGCAAGUGUGCGUCUUUUUACUCUGACAGUAAAUGAGUGGUUGUUACAGUAUGAUGUGUCAUGUACAUGUCGAGGAAAAAAUCAUUUGUCUCAGCUGCUUCUCCGAAAUGAACCAAGGGCUGACUCCUAACAGACGAUGUAACAUGGAUUGGAUUUUUAUUUGAUAUUUGUAUUUUAUGUAUUUGUUUUAGAGUGUGACUUGACUCGACAUGAAAUGGACAAAUACAAAGAGCAGUUGUCAAGGCACAACGGAGUGUUGAGUCCUGUUGAGGAAAAACUAUUCUGACAUCUCAAAAUAAAGUCACGACAUUACAAGAAAAAAGUUGUAAUUUGACGUAGAAAAAAGUCGUAAUUGAUUGUCUUCUCAAGUAUAUCACUUUAAUCUCUUAAUAUUACGACUUCAUUCUCACAAUCUCUGAAUCCUUCUUCCUUAACACGGCAACCAUUUAUUGUAAUAGUUAACAAAAUGCCUUGAAUCCUCUGCCAAUCCCAGAUUUUAAAUAUAGUGGCUGCCAACUCAACAUGAUCUCUGUUCAUGUUCUAUGUGAUGCUCCAAAUGUUUGAAUCCAUGUUGAUAACAAAACAAAUUGUUUAGAUUUUUGCUAACUCCAUAUUUCCUUUGUACUUGUUCAAGUGGUGUAUGAAGAAUGUAAAGAGAGUGAUGACACAUGGGGCCGCUCUCAGGCUGUGGACGCUCUGUAGCUGUCGCUCUGUCACAUUCAGCCUUAACGAUAAAACAAGAAGGUCAACGUUGUGUUUACAACAGUUUUUUAUUUUCUGUUUUCUCAGUCAAUGCAUUUAUUUCAACAAAAAUCCGCCUGUUGUGUUUUCUCCGAUCUAGUACGACCAUACCGUUACCUGCAGUUCACCCGUACAGAUUGUGACAGCAAAGGGAAUCCAUGCAUGUUCAUUAUGUAUGUGUAUAGAUUUGGCUGUGAAUAAAUGAAUGGUUCCAACCA